AGGAUCUGCAGCAUCACUGAGCUGGUGCAGUGCAAAAACGCUCGCUCACCCUCACUGAUGGUGUGCAGAACAAGGGGGACAUAAAAAAAAAAAACCUUCCGAAACUAAAAACAUCCACAUCCUUUUCUUAAGCAAACAACAAAACCCACAACUAAAAAAUCAUCAUGAGCUACGAUUCCUACUCCGCCUACCGCCGCCCCUGGGACAGCUACAGAAGCGCCCGAACCACCAAGUCCUCCACGUCCUCCUCCUUCUACUCCUCCAGAGCUCCUCCGUCCGGGAAGAGGAUCGGGAGGCUGGCCUCCGCUUCCCAGCCAGAUGGGUCAGAGAGGAUGAACCUGGCUCAGGCCAGCUCACUCAACACAGAGCUGCUGGGUCUGCGCUCCCAUGAGAGGGAGCAGCUGGGGGACCUGAACGACCGCUUCGCCACCUACAUCGAGAAGGUGAGGCACCUGGAGCAGCAGAACCGGGCCCUGCUGGCCGAGCUGGAGGGGCUGAGGAGGUGUCAGAACGACCCGUCACGUCUGCAGGCGCUCUACGAGGGGGAAGUGCGGAGUUUGAGGGCCAUGAUAGACUCGGAGAACGGGGAGAAGAUGCAGAUGGAGGCGGAGAGGGACUACCUGCAUGACGUGUAUGAGCAGAUGAAGGAUCGCUUUGAGGAGGAGGCGAGGCGGCGUAUGGAUGCUGAGGAGGCCCUGCAGACGGCCAAAGAGGAGGCGAGCAGGGCCAUGCUCUCCAACUGUGACACCGAGGCCACCGUGGUGUCUCUGUGUGAUGAGAUGGUGUUCCUGAAGAAGGUCUAUGCAGAGGAGCAGGCAGAGCUGCAGGCCCAGCUGCAGAUGGCUAACAUCAGCGUGGAAGUGGAGGUGUCCCGACCUGACCUGUCCACCGCCCUGCGAGACAUCCGGACACAGUACGAGCGGCUGGCGAACAAGAACAUGCAGGCCGCCGAGGACUGGUACAAGAGCAAGUUUGCGAGCGUGGCAGAGAUGGCCAGCAAGAACAACGAGGCCGUGCACGCCAUCCGGGAGGAGACCAUGGAGUACCGGAGACUCCUUCAGACCCGCUCCUCGGAGAUAGAGUCGCUCAGGAACGUCAUCGAAUCCUUAAAUAAGCAGAUGGAGGAGCUGGAGGAGACGCAGGCCAACGAUGUGUCCAAGUACCAGGUGAGGAUAAGUGAGCUGGAGCGGGACAUCACCGAGGCCAAGCACGAGAUGGCGCGCUACCUGAGGGACUAUCAAGACCUGCUCAACGUGAAGAUGGCGCUCGACAUUGAAAUAGCAGCGUACAGGAAACUUCUGGAGGGGGAAGAGAUUCGCCUGGCUUACCCCUCCCAUCCCGCCCGAAACUAAAACCUAAAUGCCACCAGCCUGGCAUCAACCUGAAUUCUUCAUACCCCUUCUUUCCCUGCCCUGCCCCUGAACAUCACCCUCCUCCCUCGCUCAUUUCUCUUGUGUUCAUCCUUCUCUCAUCUUCCCCAACCCCCCAACCCCCCAAACCCAACAGCUCAUCCUUCUCAAGACAGACGCGCCCUUGUGCUGAACAAGAGGUCCCACCAGAAGUCCCCCUUCUUCUACACACGUUCUGACACCGCACAUCAAGACGGACGGCAAACUGUAAACUGCAGAGUGCCUGCGCUGCGUUAGUAACGUCGGACGGCCGCGUUGAUCUGGCUGAGUUCCUCCCCGCCGCACACGUUAAGAUCCAAGCAGCAGAGUUAACGAUUUGACCCCAUCGACCCCUCGUUGUGCAAACAUUUAACCAAUUGUUUGUGAAGGAGGACGAAAAACUCCCCUAAUCUCUGGAUGCUUGGUUUUUAUCUGUGUUUGAAGUGAUGCAAGAAACCUGCAGCUCAACCAGUCGAUCAUGCUUUGUCCUGCACCACUGGUUCUAAGUCGUAUAGUCAGGGAACCAGUAACCUUAAAAAAUUAUUUUCACUAAAUCUAUUUUUGCUUUUUAGCUAUUCUUCCUCUGCAUUUACAUUUACACAUAUACUGCAAGCUUUGGUGAGUUUUUUAAAUCUGGUUAUUUUGAUUUCUAGUUUCUUUUAAACCCGUCUUCUCUUGCUCAGUCGUCUGGAUGUGUAAAUGCUUUGGAAGACUAAACCGUUACUGGUUUCUCCUUAUAAUCAUGCAGUGUGUCUCUCGGCCUAUCUGCAUUAGCUUUUUCGUUUUUUCUUCCGUAAGCUAAGGCAAAGCAACGAAACUAAAAGAGAACUGCGGUAGCUCCUUGUUGUUUGUCUGCUGAUCUUAGACCUGACAGUGCUUUAACAUCUGUGACACCAACACAAACCCUGCAGCAUUACGCUCGAUGUUCCUGUAACAGUUGGCAACAAGCUGAAUAAACUCGUAACUGACCUGCAA